AUGUUUCCCCAAAGAUUACCGCUCUCCGCGGUCACCAGGAGUUUACAGCGGCUGACGUUCAGCCAAACCGCUGUGCGUGGUUAUGCGACACCCAAAUCCAAAACCAGCCCCGACAGCAGCGGACUCUCCAGCCAGUCUCUUAUGAACACAGCCGAAACCCAGGGCUCACAAUCCGUCAAGCUGCGCACGUAUAAGCCCCGAACCCCCGGUGUACGACACUUGAGACGCCCCAUGAACGAGCACCUCUGGAAAGGCCGGCCAUUCUUACCAUUGACAUACCCCAAGAAGGGCCAGGGCAAAGGUGGACGUAACGCACAUGGACGCAUCACCGUACGACACCGCGGCGGUGGUGCCAAGCGAAGAAUACGAACAGUCGACUUUGAGCGAUGGCGGCCAGGUCCCCAUCUGGUAGACCGAAUUGAGUACGAUCCCGGACGAAGCGCACACAUUGCCUUGGUCACGGAGCAGGCUACGGGACAGAAGUCAUACAUCCUGGCUGCUGAGGGUCUUCGAAGCGGCGACAUUGUGCACAGCUAUCGAUCAGGCAUUCCGCAGGAUCUUCUGGACAGCAUGGGCGGCAUCAUUGAUCCUGGUAUUCUUGCUGCUCGAACGGCAUUCCGCGGCAACUGUCUGCCCAUGCACAUGGUUCCUGUUGGGACGGAAGUCUUUGCCGUUGGCUCGGCUGCGAAGCGUGGCGCCGUGUUUUGUCGCAGCGCCGGAACGUCCGCCACGGUGGUGAACAAGAAUGAGGAGACGAAAGAUGAUGGCACCAAGAUCAUGACGGGCAAGUAUGUCGAGGUGCGUCUCCAGAGUGGUGAGGUCCGCCGGGUCAGCAAGAAUGCGUGUGCUACGGUUGGUGUUGCCAGCAAUGUCCACCACCACUACCGACAGCUUGGAAAGGCAGGACGAAGCCGGUGGUUGAAUAUUCGGCCGACGGUUCGUGGUGUGGCCAUGAACAAGGUUGACCAUCCUCACGGUGGUGGCCGAGGUAAAUCGAAGAGUAACCGCAACCCGGUUACACCUUGGGGUAGACCCACCAAGAGUGGUUACAAGACUCGCCGUACGCACAACAUCAACAAAUGGGUUGUCACCCCUCGACCCCGUAACCACGGCAAGAGACGAGACAAGCGGUCGUCCAAGGAAUAA